ACUCUGUGGGUUAUUUGACGGACUAUAAAGAUGCGAUGGACUGUAAAGGAGAUAGUAAAGCCAUGCGGUUGUAGAGGGUUCGCCCAAACCCUUAACAAAAGGACGAUCGUCAGCCUAUAACAAAUGAGAAACCUCAAUACACAUAAAGCAGCAGUGCACGCGCCAAGAUCUACCAACAGGGCGAUCGUCAGCCUAUGCCUUCGUGCUACAGAUAGAGCAAAGCACAAUUACUCCAUUUUCUCGAUGCGAAGCAAUCAGAUGAAGAGAACUCGGUUCAAACGAGUCGCCAAACCCAGCAAGACGACCGAAACGAGCGAGUACAACGACGAUCAGAAAGCUCAGACGGUUCUGGCUACCAAAUCAUCUAGCAUUAGGGCCAGAACCAAAUCCAGAGUCAAACCUCAAACUCAAACCCAGUUCGGAAUGCACCUAGAUUCAAUCUCAGUAACCCACCAUUUCUCUUUCGAGAAGUCAUCCAUAUUGCCUCCUGAUUUCUGUCAAAUCGACGCUCUCGAUCUCGCUCCCCUUCUUCUGGGCAAGUACCUUAGGCGAGACGAUGUCGUUCUUCAGAUUACUGAGGUGGAAGCUUAUAGACCAAAUGAUUCAGCUUGCCAUGGCCGAUUUGGCAUCACAGCAAGAACGGCCCCUGUUUUUGGACCCGGAGGCCAUGCAUACGUUUACCUUUGCUACGGUCUUCACACAAUGCUGAAUAUUGUGGCAGACAGGGAAGGAGUUGGAGCGGCUGUCUUGAUUCGUUCCUGUGCUCCUGUCAAAGGGUUGGAGAUUAUUCAGCAGCGUCGUGGUCAGAUAACAGAGAAGCCAGUUCUUCUGUCUGGACCUGGAAAGGUUGGUCAAGCACUUGGGAUUUCAACAGAAUGGUCUAACCAUCCCCUUUUCACUCCUGGUGGUUUAGAACUCUUAGAUGGGCCAAAGCCAGAGAAGAUACUAAUUGGUCCUCGUGUGGGCAUCGAGUAUGCUUUGCCUGAGCAUGUCAAUGCGUUAUGGAGAUUUGCCAUCGCUGAUACCCCUUGGAUAAGUGCUCCCAGAAACACGCUCAGACCACGCAAUGAAUCUUCAAUUUUAGACAACGAGGAACCUUUCUUGGGAGAUCAGGUUGCGAAAAAAGAGAGAAAAGGGUAAAAAUAAUGUAAGGAUUGCAUGAUUUGUGAAAGUUGUACAGUAAUGACCAAGUUCUGGAUUGAACAGGAUGACCUUACAGUUAGUCUAUCAUUGACUGUUUUGUUCUCUACACUCCAAAAACCCUUAAAAAAUCAAGUCUUUUUUUAUGGGAUCUUUGAGAAUUUCAGAUUUUGGGUUUUAGGGAUUAUUCUUGCCACGGAGUCAAGUAAUAUAUGUAUGUGGCCUCUUCUGAAUUGCUAUAAACAAGAAGUUUGCUGCAGUUAUGGCCUAGUUGGCAUGUAUAUUAACUAAAACAUGAGACUUUGGUUCAUGAAUAUUAAAAUCUCAUUCAAUUUCUUAUUGUUGAUGUCA